CUGCUGACUUGUAGACUGCAGAGCAGUUUUGUGAUAACUUACAGGAGAGUUGGACAUCAGCAGCCUUCGUUUACAGACAAUGGACGCAAUGGACACAGAAUCCAGCCUCUCUUCUGAUCAGCCCAAGGUGACGAGAGGCUUUAACCAAAAGGUGUUCGUCAACAGAAGCCUGACACUGGAAAACAUCAAAUGCUAUGGCUUCGACAUGGACUACACGUUGGCAGCUUAUAAGUCUCCUGACUACGAGAGCUUGGGCUUUGAGCUGAUAAGAGACAGACUGGUGUCUAUUGGUUAUCCUCAUGAGCUUCUACGCUACAAGUAUGACCAAAACUUCCCUACACGUGGUUUAGUGAUUGAUACCACAUACGGGACUCUCCUGAAGGUGGAUUCAAAUGGGAAUGUUUUGGUCUGUAGUCAUGGCUUCCGCUUCCUCACAGGGGAAGACAUUCACAACUACUACCCCAACAAGUUCAUUCAAAGAGAUGACACCGACCGUUUCUAUAUUCUUAACACUCUCUUCAAUCUUUCAGAGACUUAUCUCUACGCCUGCCUUGUGGAUUUCUUCACCUUAUGCAGCAGAUACAAAAACGCUCUGAAGGGUUACCAUCACGGCGACUUGUUUAUGUCUUACAGAAGCAUGUUUCAGGAUGUCCGGGAUGCAAUGGACUUUAUUCACGACACGGGGAUCCUGAAAGAACGGACAAUAAAGAAUUUGGAUAAAUACGUUGUUAAAGAUCCAAAUAUCAGUGUACUCCUGACUCGGAUUGGAGAAGUGGCCAAAGUCUUUCUUGCCACCAACAGUGACUAUACCUACACUGAGGCCAUUAUGAAAUACCUGCUGGAAAGCGGCACUAAGUCUGGAAGUCCGAAAAAGUCCUGGCGCUCCUUCUUUGACCUUGUGGUUGUGGACACCAGGAAGCCACUGUUCUUUGGAGAGGGGACUGUGCUGAGACAAGUAGACACGGACACAGGGAAGCUUCGGAUUGGGACUUACACAGGUGCCCUCCAACAUAGUACAGUCUACUCUGGAGGAUCCUCAGACAUUAUUCGUGAUCUGCUGGAGGUCAAAGGUAAGGAUAUCCUGUAUGUUGGAGACCACAUCUUUGGCGACAUCCUCAAAUCUAAGAAAUGUCAGGGCUGGAAGACAUUCCUUGUUGUACCGGAGCUCACCAAGGAGCUGCAAGUGUGGGAGGAGAAGAAAAAUUUGUUUGAGGAGCUAAAACGUCUUGAUGUCAUCUUAGCUGAGCUUUAUAAACACAUGGACAGCGGCAGUCGAGAGUGUCCUGACGUCAAGGCCAUUCAGAGUAGAAUGAAGGUGCUGACUUACAGAAUGGACUUGUCCUAUGGCCAGUUGGGCAGCCUCCUGCGCAGUGGCUCCAGACAGACGCUGUUUGCUAGCCAGCUGAUGCGUUACGCAGAUCUAUACUCCUCCUCCUUUAUCAACCUGCUGUACUACCCCCUCAAUUAUCUUUUCUUGGCUCCUCCAGUGCUGAUGCCCCACGAGGCGUUGUCUCAAAACACUGCUGAAUUCGGUCCGAGAGAGUUCAACCAUGCUAUCAACUAAAACUAAGGAGUGCUAAUGCAGGUGCCUGAGAUGAGACAGAAGAAGACAUGGCGAUGCCUCAGAGAAAUCUUCUAAUGUGCUUCUACUUGUCAUAGACAGUGACCUGUCUGCACCUGUGCAAAUAUGAAGGGUUUGUUACAGCCUUGAUGUGCCUCCUUUACAACAAAAUGUGAAUUAUUGCUCCACCUGCUGGAUGCAAAUUGCUGUGCC